UUCAAAAACAAAAAAUAUAAACUGCAAAUCAUAAAUUACUAGCAAAUACUAUAAAUGACCAUUUAACACAAGUGCUAAACAAUACCUAUGAUUGUUAAACAUUAAAAUAGUCAGUCAUCACUAACAAUAUUCAAGUAUUCAAACUUGACUAUUAGUAUAUUGUGGAGUAUGGACAUAUGUAAUAACAUUUAAAUACCAGUUACAAUUUUCUUAACAGUUACCCAUUUUAAAACCAUUGUCCGUUGGUUAUCAACUCGGUUUCUCAGUUAUAGUUUUGUCAAGCUACCCAUCCACUUAUGUUACAUAUAUUGUUCAUAUCAAAAAAUGAAACAAAUUGUACCUAAUCUAAUUGUUUUUGAUUUAGAUAAUACUCUAUGGCCGUUUCAUACAGAUCAAUGUCAAAGGCCUUUUCAGCUCCAUUCUCCAGGUAUAGUGAUGGAUUUUGAUGGCAACAAGUAUGAACUAUUUCCCGAAGUUAUUGAAUUAUUAAGAAAAUUAAAAAAUAAAAAUUACAUCUUAGCUGUUGCAUCGAGAAUUGAAGAUAUUCCCACAGCCUACCAAUUGCUAAUUUAUUUCAAUAUUUUACAUUUCUUCACGUACAUAGAAGUGUAUCCAUGCAAAAAAACGAUCCAUUUUCAAUGGUUACAUUUAAAAAGCCUUUUACCAUACGAUCAAAUGAUAUUUUAUGAUGACAAUAUACGCAACAUUCAAAGUGUGGCAAAAUUAGGAGUUCGUACUUAUCAUGUAAAGAACAACAAAGGAAUAUCAUUAAGACAUUUACAAAAUAUGGGUAUUAAAUUAUAAUAUAAGUGUAUAAUAAUUAUUUUUUAAAUU